AUCACCAAUGUCAAUACAACUCCUUAAUCCAAAGGCCGAAUCGUUGAGACGUUCGCAUGCAUUGCAAGUCAACAUCGCCGCCGCCACCGGACUCCAGGAAGUCUUAAGUUCCAACCUUGGUCCCAAAGGAACCUUGAAGUUACUUGUGGACGGAUCUGGAAACUUGAAGCUCACCAAAGAUGGAAAAGUGUUACUCAGCGAAAUGCAGAUUCAGCACCCCACGGCCGUGAUGAUCGCACGGGCCGCCACCGCCCAGGACGAGAUCACCGGUGACGGUACCACCACCGUUGUGCUUUUGGUGGGAGAGCUUUUGAAACAAGCAGAGCGCUAUAUCAGUGAAGGUAUUCAUCCCCGAAUUGUGGUUGAUGGGUUGGAAGCUGCUAAAAAAGUCGCUCUUAACUACUUGGACACCUUCAAGGAGUCUCGCAGCGACUUUGAUAGGGAAUUUUUACUCCAGAUUGCCCGUAGUUCACUUUCUACCAAGGUGACAGCCGAUGUCGCCAGCGUAUUGGCCCCAAUUGUCACUGAUGCCGUGUUGACGAUCCAGGACAAUGACACCCUAGAUCUCCACAUGAUAGAGGUGAUGACGAUGCAACUUGGCGACGUGCGCGACACCGAGCUCGUGCGUGGGUUGGUAUUGGAUCACGGGGCCCGUCAUCCCGACAUGCCCAAACGGCUUGAAAACUGCCACAUUUUGACUUUGAACGUGUCGCUUGAGUAUGAAAAGACCGAGGUGAACCUGGGUUUUUUCUACUCCAACGUGGAUCAGAGAGAGAAGCUUGUGGCGUCUGAGCGUCGGUUUGUCGACGAUAAGUUGAAGAAGAUUAUUGACUUGAAGAAUACUGUGUGUGAAUUGGGCAGCAACCAGAACUUUGUUAUCAUCAACCAGAAGGGUAUUGACCCGAUGUCCCUCGACGUAUUGGCCAAAAACGGCAUUUUGGCGUUGAGAAGAGCAAAGAGAAGAAAUAUGGAGCGGUUACAGUUGGUGUGUGGCGGAGAGGCCCAGAAUUCGGUCGACGACUUGUCUCCCGAGGUGUUGGGCUACAGUGGGCUUGUGUAUGAAAACAGUAUUGGUGAAGAUAAGUUCACUUACAUUACCGAGAAUAAGGACCCAAAGAGUGUGACGGUAUUGAUCCGGGGGCUGAACAACUAUAUUAUCCAGCAGACCAAGGAUGCCGUCCGGGACGGGUUGAGAUCCAUUAAGAACGUGCUUCACGAUAAACUGGUGGUUCCAGGUGCCGGGGCCUUCUACUUAUCAUGUUCUCAACACUUGAACGUUUAUAAGGAUAUCAAGGGGAAGAACAAGAUUGGAAGCAAGGUCUUCAGCGAAUCGCUUUUGGUGAUUCCAAAGUUGUUGAGUAUUAACUCGGGACUUGAUGCUUUGGAGACUUUAACCAACUGCUCCGACGAGAUAGCUGAAGGUAGAAAGGUGGGAAUCGACUUGAAAACCGGCGAACCCAUGGACCCGGCCAUUGAAGGGGUAUGGGAUAGUUACCGGGUGAUCAGGAAUGCUUUGAGUUCGGCGGUGGGAAUUGCUCUGAACUUGUUAUUGUGUGACGAGCUUCUAAAAGCAGGAAAACUGUCUUUGAAAGGUGGUCAGCCAGGUCCCGGAGCUGCCCCACAGGGGAUGCCAGGAAUGCCAGGUAUGAUGUAAGUGACGGAAUACCGAAGAGGCAGUUUGUAAAAUUUCAUAGUUUUAUUGCGAUUAUGUAUAUAUGAAGCAUCAACAAUGUGACAUUCUUGA